AUGAUCUCUUCAAUAACAGAAUACAUCAAGAAACACCGUCGAGGCAUUAGCAUAACCGUAUUUAUCGCUGGGAGUUCUUAUUUUAUUGGAAAGUAUGCUAAAUGGAAAAUAGAAGAAUUCAGAGACAAGGCCGGGGCUGAAAGAACGGCGAAAGAAAACAUGAAACGCCGUUUUCAGCAGAGACAACAUGAUUGCACGUACACCGUACUAACCCAUCUUCCGACCUUGGGAGACGAACUAUUAUCGGCGAUAAACGUAGAGGCUGUCAUUGCCAAACUACAAAAAAUGAAGGUUAAAUCAACUUUAACACCGGCAAUUUCUCCGACUUCUUCGGUUGUUCUGGUCGAUGAAGAGAAGGAAACGGCGCAGACGCCGUCAGCUUCGGUUGUUUUCGUCGAGAAACCUGAUGAAGCCGAGUCAAAAUCAACUUUAGAAAGUCAUGGCAAUGAAGAAAGUGUGCCAUUAUCUCAUUUGUCUGAUGAUACAAGUGUAGAUACAGCUGUUUCUCGUGCGAAUCUUAAAACUGCAAAACUUGAAUUAUGGAGUGAAAUAAAGAUUAAGAGCUUUACCCGAACGAUAUCAGCUAUAUACUCGGUCACACUCCUCACAAUUCUAAUCCAUAUACAAUUAAACCUGUUGGGUCGCUUUAAUUACCUAUACUCGGUGGUAUCACUUACCGAACGCGAAAAAGAGCAAACCAUUCAUAUACAACCGGCCAAAGGAACAAUCCUAAAUCUCGAAAAUUCGUUAGAAGAAGAAAUUGAGGUACUCCGAAAAGGAGGCGACGCACAAGAGGAUCCAACAAUUGAUGAAGAGCUUAGAAAAUUAUUGGAUGAAUCUAAAGAUUACUUGGAUAGUGAAGAUUUUCGAGAUGUACUCGCAGCGUGUCUCGACUCUGUAUUUUCACUAUUAAAUAGCAACAUGUAUUCGAGGUUUCUUGCGGUGCCAAAAAGCGAAGAGAAUGACGACUCAGAACGAUUAGAACGGUUGGUCGCACUUGCUCGACUUUUACCUGAUAUCUCUAAAGAGGCGCAUGCUGUGAUCAAUGGUGUGCCUAAUCGAUAUCUUGAGGCUGUAAAAAAUGUUAAACAACUGCAAGAGCUUUCUGCUAUAAUUUACUCGUCGUUUGAUGAAGAAUUUUUUUGA